AUGUCUCUGAUAGAGGUGCAUACAGGAAAAGACAUGGCCGAAGAUGUGCUGGAACGGAAGGAGUUAACACAAGGUUUAUCGAUCCCAAGGGGACAGAUCCAUAAUAGACAUAUAGAGAUUAUUAUACGCCAAGUAACAUCAAAAGUGCGGGUUUCCGAAGAUGGAAUGUCUAAUGUUUUUUCGCCUGGGGAAUUAAUCGGACUAUUGCGAGCGGAACGAGCAGGACGAGCUUUGGAUGAAUCGAUCUAUUAUCGGGCAAUCUUAUUGGGAAUAACAAGGGCUUCCCUGAAUACCCAAAGUUUCAUAUCUGAAGCAAGUUUUCAAGAAACUGCUCGAGUUUUAGCAAAAGCUGCCCUACGAGGUCGCAUUGAUUGGUUGAAAGGCUUGAAAGAAAACGUAGUUCUGGGGGGGAUUAUACCUGUUGGUACCGGAUUCCAAAAAUUUGUGCAUCGUUCCCCACAAGACAAGAACCUUUAUUUCGAAAUAAAAAAAAAAAAUCUAUUCGCGUCGGAAAUGAGAGAUUUUUUGUUUCUCCAUACAGAAUUAGUUUCUUCAGAUUCUGACGUAACAAACAAUUUUUAUGAGACAUAAGAACCCCCAUAAAAAUAUUUUUUACUUUACUAGACUUUUGAACUUAGAACACUAACAGGUCAAAUUUUAGAUUUUUAAGAUUUUUAUUUUAAUAAGUAAAACAAGUCAGUUAAUUCAUUAAGGUGGUUAUGUUUAUACCAUGUAUCAAUGGCCAACUCUUAUCUUAGUACAAGGUUCUCUCGGAACAAUUAUUAUUUAUUUCAAGCUAUUUCGGAUCUUUCUUAAUCUUCAAAAAGAACUAAAUUCCGUAAUGGAAUGGUAGGAAUUAAAAAAAAGGAAGUGUGGAAAAAAUGACAAGAAGAUAUUGGAACAUUAAUUUGAAAGAGAUGAUAGAAGCAGGAGUUCAUUUUGGUCAUGGUAUU